CUCACACGGUACUUUUUCUGCCUAAAAUAAAAGAUGUUUCUUUGGCAGUAACUAUCAAAAUAAUUACUAGUAAUGCUUUAUGUACAUAGUAAUGGGCCAUUCCUCUAUUAAUACUAUCUCCUUUUUUUUUUUUGAAGAAGAAGAAAAAUGACAGAAGAGUAGGUAUUUUUCCAGAUUGCAUUUUUUCAGGCAGGUGUCUUGAGCUGUCACUGUGAAAAAGAUCUCUAGGAGGCAAAAGGAAAGGGUGAGGAAAUGAACACACAUACAGUAUGAGGAUUCAAUAUUGCCUAUUGUAAGAGGUGGCCCUGUUGAAUUCUGAUCAUUCACAAAUUGUUAUUAAGUAAUGAACUAAUAAUCAAUGAAUUGUCACCUUCCCUGCAUUCUCUUUCCUCACAAGUAUCUCUUCUUGUUGAUGACUAUUCUCCCUGGCACAGCUUCAAUCAGAUUGAGCGCUCGCACACCUGGAGAAGAGAGUACUGACAGUGAGAGGAUUGGAAGAGAGAAAACAGAGAAGCCUCUACAGUACUGAUAAGAGAAAGGCUUCAAAUUGGAAAGUGAGGACUGCAAAUGACGUCAGGGAGGGAGUUCUAGUUUGGUGCUUCUUUUAAGGUUUUUAUUGUUCUAGCUGAAUGACUCCAUUUGAGUCAAGGAUGUCAAGCCAACUAAUCUAUAUGUUUUAAAUAAAUGCAUGCCUCGAUGACAUGCAGAACCUACAGGGAAGUGUUUAUUCAGUAUUCCUUACAUGUGUGAAAGCUGAUGUUACUUUACAAUGGUCUUGUUCCAGAUCACCAGUUUACUUGAAUUCACCUGUAGUCAUCCCAAAACACUGUAUAUGCAUAAAAGGCUUAGUGAUGCCUCUAGUUAAAACAGAGCACUCGCAGAGGAGAUGUAUCAGCUAACCUAAUUUAAAAAACAUAUUUGAUUUGAGGAAACGUGUUUGAUUUUUUGGCAUAAUUAACAUAGAGUUAGGCGUGUGUGUGUGUCUGUAUGCGGGUUCGGUAUUGUUUGAUGUGGGAUAGUUGUCACCAUGCACACAGAUAAGAGAAUUCUGCACAUACCGGAUCAGCUCUAGCCAGCGUAUAAAAGUCACAACCUUGGCGAUGACCAAUUAUUUUAGAGGGUAACCCAUUCACAUACGGGAUAUUAUCCAUUUUGGUACUUUGCGAGUAUGGUUUAUCCUAACACACUGUAAACACACUGCAAUCUUGAUCAUUCAGACUGAAGCAUAAAGUGUUAUAGUCUCAGUUGUUCAGCACUACAAAUGGAGGUUGUUCAUAUGAUGCCUGUCUCUUCCUCAGUUCUGACACUCAUGAUGUCUUUACUGCCUGUGUUUGCAUCUCAGUUUCCUGGCAAAAACAUAACAGGAGUGAAGUCAAUUCAGUCAAUUCUGGAGAGCAAUUCUACUCAAGUGUAUGUGGGCUCCACCUUCAUCCAGGAGGCUUUGAGGAGAGCCAGAGAGCUAACAGAUGCUGCUUAUGCACGGACUAAUGAGAGAGUGAAGAUGUCCGUAAAAGAAGGAUCUUUUCGUCCAAGUGACCUGCUGGCUCAGUUUAAACAGGUCGGCACUGGUACCAGAGCACAUAUCAGAGCUGCAGAGCUGCUGGACAACACGGUGGAAGUCAUCAGAGAGAUGGUGUACACACACACUAUGGCUCAGCCUAAACAUACUGAGCUGUUGAGCAUGAACGACGUGGAGACUUUGCUGGAAGCUACAGGAUGUUCGGCAGAGAUCAAGAGACCUGUGUGCAAAGGCGACUGCCUUUCAGAGCGCUACCGCACCAUCACAGGCCAUUGCAAUAACAAACAGAAUCCACUGCUGGGGGCUGCUAAUACUCCGUAUGCUCGAUGGCUUCCACCAGCGUAUGAAGAUUUUCACGGCACACCCAGAGGCUGGAACCCCCAACACACCUACAGUAACUUUACACUGCCUCCAGUUCGUGUAGUGUCCCAGGAGGUGUUGUACACCCAGAACGAGAAGAUCUCUUUGGAUUUGUCUCUAUCUCACCUGCUGGUUGAGUGGGGGCAGUGGAUUGACCACGAUCUGUCACUGACCCCCCAGAGCCCCAGCACGGCCUCGUUCAGGACCGGUGCAGACUGCAUCCGUACCUGCGGCAGAGACACACCAUGUUUCCCCAUACAGAUCCCUCUCUCGGACCCUCGCCGUGGUGUUCAGAGCUGCAUGCCAUUUUUCCGCUCGGCUCCCAGCUGUGUAGAUGCCUCUGUCGUUUGCCGUCACCGAGAGCAGCUGAAUGCCAUCACGGCCUUCGUAGAUGCCAGUAUGGUGUACGGCAGUUCAGACGAGCUCGCUCGCUCUCUGCGUAAUCUGUCCUCUCCUCUUGGCCUACUCAGACACAACCAGCUGCACUCAGACCAGGGGCUCGCCUACUUGCCCUACCUGCCCCGCACACACACCCAACUGGACCCAUGUGCACCACGACAAGACUCCAAUACAGGAAAGAACACAACGUCUAUGGGCAACUUGACCUUCUGCUAUCUGGCAGGUGAUUCUCGGGCUAAUGAACACUUGGGGAUGAUUGCUCUCCACACACUGUUUCUGAGAGAGCAUAAUCGAUUAGCCAAGGAGCUACAUAUGCUCAAUCCCCACUGGAGCCCAGAUACACUGUACCAAGAGGCCAGGAAAAUCCUUGGAGCUGUCCAUCAGGUCCUGACGUGGGAUCACUACUUGCCACAUGUCCUGGGGCACAGAGCAUAUGCUGAACUCAUGCCCCCCUAUCAGGGUUAUGACCCUGAGGUCGACCCCAGCAUUACCAACAGCUUCUCCACUGCUGCCUUCCGCUUCGCCCAUGUGACUGUACAGCCCAUAGUGAACCGACUCGGACCUGGAUAUCAGCUUGACCCUAAAUAUCCACCACUGCCUUUACACCACUCACUGUUUGCCUCCUGGAGGGUGGUAGAAGAAGGUGGUAUAGAUCCAGUGCUGCGGGGUUUGUUAUUGUCCCCAGCCAAACUCCAGGCUCCUGAGCAGAUGAUGGUGGAGGAGUUGACCGAGAGACUGUUCCAGGCUCACGGUGGGCUGCCGCUGGACCUCGGGGCUCUAAACUUGCAGAGGGGCCGUGAUCAUGGCCUGCCUGGUUAUGGUGCAUGGCGAGAGUUUUGUGGACUCUCCGUCCCUGCAAAUGAAUCUGAUUUAAUAGAAAUUCUGGAGAAUGUAGGCUUGGUGCGUAAGCUGCUUGCUCUGUAUGGUACAGUCUGGAACAUUGAUGUAUGGGUGGGUGCAAUCUCAGAGCCUGCACUGUCUGGAGGGAGAGUUGGACCUCUGCUAUCCUGCCUCAUAGCCAAACAGUUUCGCGCACUCCGAGAUGGAGACAGGUUCUGGUGGGAGCGAGAGGGUGUGUUCAGCCCUGCUCAGAGACGCUCACUGCGUAUGGUAUCUCUCUCUCGCAUCAUUUGUGAUAACACGCACAUCUGCCUGGUGCCCUCAGACCCAUUUGUACAGACACGCCACCCUGACAAGCUGCUACCCUGCACACACACAAACAUCACACACCUUAAUCUCUCUGCAUGGAAGGAGCCAGACACUGACCCAGUGUGUGGCUCCAUUCCUCGGCUGAAAGUGGGUUUCUCUGUGCUGUGUGAUUCAGCAGUGCUCUACCAGUGUCCUUCUGGCUAUCUGCUUCAUGGAGCUACCCACAUCACCUGUGACCCAAACACACGCCUGUGGACUCCAAACCCACCCACCUGUCAAGAUAUAGACGAGUGCUUCAGUGGACCUGUCUGUCCACCAAACCUGCUGUGCCACAACACCCCAGGUUCCUUCAUUUGCACAGAGUCCACUACACUUUCUGCCACCUCCAUUGCUGCUGCAGUGAUGACAGUGGUGGGAGGUGUUGCUGUGAUGAGCCUAAUAGUGAGUUGCUAUACAAGGUUUUUCAUCAGAAAAGGGAGAGACAGCAGAGUAUGUUGUAAUAAGAACCAUUGAAAUUUCCAUUUUAAAUUAGUCAAUGUACAUUUUCACCCCUCCUAAGCACUAGGGUUGAUGUGAAACAUCUGGAUGCCUCCUUGUGCAUGUAUGCAUGUAUUUCACCAAAGAUUCAUAGUGAUGCAUGUGGCAGUAUUUGCAAUAGAUACUACUGUCAUGCAGCUGUCUAUGUCUUAAUUCUUCUCAACCUGUAUAUAAUUGGAGCAGAGCUAGUUCUCUCUACAAGCUUACUCUGUGUAGCUUUUAUCCCUCAUCUCUUCCCCGCCAGGUCAGUAUCUCACGCAGCACUGUCUACACAGAAUAUUGCACAUUAGCUGACUAGCAGGCGUGGUUGAGUGGUUCUCCCUUUCCAUACGACAUGCUGUUUUUUGCUGAAUUUCUGCUAAUCCACAGCUGCAGGAUUGAAGUUGGUUUUCCCUCCUCAAAACAGACCUGUCCUUUCUCUUUACUUGAGUUGGAUUUUUCCCACAGUUCAUGCUAUACCCAACGGUUAGCCACAAGAGCCUGCGUCUGGUUCUCCGGGAAGCUAAAGAUGGGCACCAACUAUGUGCUCACUGCCUCAGCAUUGAGCAUCUUAUGGAUGUGGGUCUGAACCAGACAUCACCUGUGACGACUGUGGGGCAUUCCGAUGUCAACAGGGUGUGUUCAGCUUAGAUUUAGACCCUGGUUUAGAGUUUAAGUUCUCUUAAUUUCUUCUUACUGGUUCUGGCACAUUACCACAUGUUGCAUUGCUCAGACAACUCAGCUCCAUUCACUAGCAUGGAAUCCCCCUCAAGGUAGGCCCUUCACUCUGACAGCAUCACUGACAGAACCUGAUCUGCUGGGGCUGUACAAUGGUGUAGCAAAUGUACUGUCAAGAGAGCAGUGGCAUCUGCUCCCAGAAGUGAUAGUGCAGAUCUGGCUGGUGGACUUAUUUAACAGUGCCAAGUCAACACAUUGCAGCCCGCUGGGAUAAAAUGAUCUGGCCCAUGACUGGCCUCAUCGCCAUCAUUUUGCCUCCUCUACAGAUGAUUCAUUAAUUAACUAGGUCAGAGUCUUCAUAGCCCCAAGACAGCUGCCAAGAUCUUUGUUUCCAAAAUUUGCUUUUGCUAGUGGUUGGAACACCCUGGCAGCUUUCGCCACAAGCAGAUCUGCUAUCCCAAAUAGACGAAGAGAUUUGCCAGGUCACUUGUGUCUGUGGGUCUGGCCUGUGCAGGAGUCCAGUAAGCACUCCUGAAUGCAGGAGCUCCUAGAUCACAGGCCUUGUAUGCCCUUAAGUAGAAACUGCUCUGCCAGUGUUUACCACAUUGGUUGGACCCCUCUUUCCUGCCAUAAUAUGCCUGUGAAGGUUGCAGAAUUGAACAGUAUGUCUCUGAAAACUGCAUACACAAGAGUUGGAGAGUUGUGUAAUCUGGUGAUAAUCUUGUUUUGCAUGUGUUGGUGGUCAGAGGACUCUGAGGUGCACUUGUGGUAUGAGUGCGUUAGUCAUCUCUGAACACCUUUUAGGGUAGUCCUAAGAGUCCUGAGUCCUGUUCCUCAUGACAUUUAUGGCAUACAUUAUCCAGGUGUUUCACACCAGCCCUGGCAAUUAGGAGGGGUGAAAUGGAAUGCUAGUUACAUAGGUAACCCUGGUUCAAUGAACCCCAGAUAACUGACAUGGGUCCUUGUGAAUUCGAACCACUGCUGGCUAGAUGAGGUUUCAGGGAAUGACAGCUGUAAUUAUUGAAAUUACCGUCAUACAUCAAUACAUGUCUUUGUUGGAAGGUCUAAGCAUGCACACACACAUGGAAAAGAAAGCAUCCAGGUGAUUCACAUCUCCCCUAGUGGUUAUCGGAGUUCAUAGAACCAGGUCCAUAUGUAACUAGCAUUUACAUAUGUAAGCAAAUAUGUGUCAUUGUGUUUCUAUUUAUUGUUUUAACAAGUAAAAUGUCUGCAGUGAAAUGACGUGUUUAAUAUUAUGUCUGGUUAAACUCUAAUUAAUCUCUUCUUAACAAAACAGGCCAACAUGUUUACUCAACCAAUCAUACAGUAUUAUUUUUUGUAUGGACAUACUGCAAGUGUGUGUGCUGUUUUACUUUAAGUGCUGUCUUUGCCAUGGUUCUCUGUUGUAGAUUUACCUCUGCCCUGGUAAUCUGUUGUUGUCCUCUUUACCUUAUCCCAUAUAAAAGACAUAUCUGAUUUAUAGCCUACAGGCACCCUGCCAUGGAGUCAGCUUCUCCCUACAGCCACUCAAUCUGAUAAAUGUAAUUCAGUGCUGUGAAAUAGGAUUUCUUCCUCUUUGUAACCCAUUCCCUCUAUUGAGUGAACAGAUCAUCUACUCCAGGGAUGUAAUACAAUGACACAUCAUUUAAACAAAGUGGGGAGAUUUUUUUUUUUAAUUCCCAUGUGCAAGUAUUAUUUUUGUUUGUUCAUAACCUCAAAUUUAGUUUCACAUUCACUGGAGUAAAAACCUUCAACUUCUGUGACUUUUUUUGUUAUAUCCCACUGGAUCUGUGUACCUUUCUGGCAAGCUUUCUUUGGGGAGAAAAAAAAGCCUCCUAUUCAUAUAUGUUUAGUACACACUGUAUCUGUU